GGGAUUAGUAAGGGAAGUUAGUGACAUGCAUUAAUGGGACAUGAUUGUGGGCAGAAGGAGAGGGAGAAUGUGUAUGCACAGCUACAGGGCAGUACUGUUGAAGGCACUGAGGCAAUGUUAUUUUAGUGCUGGGUGGGGACCAUUGAUCCACUAGUCCAUUUAUUAGACAGGAGUGCUGAAGAGCCACAUGUGGGUUCAGCAGGAGAGCAGGGGGAGAAGAAAAAACAGUCAAACAAAUGGAGAUGGUUCAUUAAGAAGAAUAUUAUAAUGUGUAUUUAUAAAUGUGGUUGUCUUGGGUUAGGAGCAAUACAACUUAUAAAAUGUAGUUUUCCACUUGCAGAAAAGUGAUUACAGCUCCUACCUUACCUGGAUUCUCUACCCCACAAUGAUUUGAUUUUACUUAUAAUAGUUAUAUUUUGCAUAUCAUUGCCUACCUAGUAACCUUUACCGAUUGAAAUAUCUUCAAAAGGACAAUAUAACCAAUAAAAUUCAGAUUUCCACUUGCCAAAAAGUGAUAACAGCUCCUACCCUCUCGCUGAAAGGAUUCCUCUUAUUCCCCAGGAAGUAAGAAAACACCCACCCAGGACAGGGAGCACGCAGGGCAAGUAAAGCCAGAUGAUGACUCUAGAGACAAGUGUGAGUCAGACACCCUCAGAGUUCAGAGCUGCUCAAGGUCAGAGAGGAACAGUAGCAUUACUUCUUCCUGCCUUGUUGGAACUAUAAAGGACAUUCAGUGUCCUUCAACAUAAUUGAAUAAUCCUUAAUGUAUGUCUAUUCUAUGAAAGUGUGCAGGCCUAGAAGCAGGAACGUGAAGGGAAGCAUUCAUUCUCAUUUACUGUCUGUUUGUGAUGAUGUUAGUUAUGAUUGUAGUUAAGUUAAUAUUUUGUUUGGUUUUCCCUUCUUAGCUCUCGCAGUGUGUUCACAGCAUGUUUUUUUUUUUUUGGAGCUAAGGUAUCAUUAAUGAAGUUUUUGUGAACCAUCAGUUGGAGAGUAAGAUAGUUAUUCAGCUGGGGAUAUCACAGUGACACAAUGGAACAUGUUUCCAAGGUGACUCCAUGAUUGAAGCAGGUUGAGCCGCAUGCCAGCAGUAAAAAAUGUCAUAGUUUCCCUGGGAGUUGUCCUCUUGUUCACUUGGAUUGUACAGUUGAGCUGUAGUCCCAGUGAAAGAACUUGGAAUGCUGCGAUUAGACUCCUGCUACAUGUCAGACACAACGGCACAUGCCAACAUCAGGAGUUAACCUGAAUAGUCACACAAACAAAAGGCUGGUAUGUGAAUCAGAGAAGUCAGACUGUCACAUAUCCUCGGGGUGUGUACAGCGUGCCCUGAUCCUGGAGCACACCACCAGUAGAAAUGGGACUUUUUCUGAUCCAUCAGCCUAAUAUUGUCAUGAGUCAUUCCUGUUUACCUUGCAUCCUCCCCAACCCCUGCCAGCUAUGCUGCACAAUAACUACUUUUUCAGGAUUUACACCUGUUAUCAACAUGCAAGCUGCUCAAGGUCAGAGAGGAACAGUAGCAUUACUUCAUCCUGCCUGCUUCCAGGGCCUGACAGUUCAUAUAUCAGUUCUGCUGGAACUAUAAAGGACCUUCAGUGUGCUCCAACAUAAUUGAAUAAUCCUUAUUGUAUGUUUAUUCUAUGAACGUGUGCAGGCCUAGGAGCAGGAACGUGAAGCAUUAAUUCUCGCUGUCACUCUUUUGUCUGUUUGUUAUGAUGUUAGUUAUGAUUGUAGUUAACUUAAUAUUUUGUUUGGUUUUCCCUUCUUAGCUCUCGCAGUGUGUUCACAGCAUGUUUUCUUUUUUUUUGGAGCUUUUGGAGUAAGAACAUUAUUCAGCUGGGGAUAUCACAGUAACACAAUGGAACAUGUUUCCAAGGUGACUCCAUGAUUAAAGCAGGUUGAGCCGCAUGCCAGCAGUAAAAAUGUCAUAUUUCCCCUGGGAGUUGUCCUCUUGUUCACUUGGUAUACGUGUGUACAGCAUGGCCUGAUCCUGGAGCACACCACCAGUAGAAAUGGGACUUUUUCUGAUCCAUCACAACAUAAACCACAACAAAGUAAAGGAAGAACUACUAUAACUCUUCUCUCUUUCUAAACUGUGUUCAGACUCAGACUUUGUCCUUCUGUUUUCCACACAGAAAACUGAUCAGAAAUCAAUACGGGAAUCCACAAAGACUCCACCGAUAGAAAGAAUAAAUUAUGGUAAUGGUCCCAUUCCUAACCAGUGAAAACAGUUAUUAACUGUAAGCGGGUCUGCACAAAGACCUCUCUGUGCAUGUGGUUCCUUUGUGGUUUUGUCUUUUUUUUUUUGCCCCUGACCCAUGUCAAGUGUUAGAUCAGCUGUUCCAACUCUUAUUUUUCUAUAGAUGAGAGGAUUGUGACACAAAAAUUGAAGAUGUGAAAGGAACAAAACAUGAGAGUCAUCAAGGGGCUAAUAUGCCAGAUAUAGCGCGGGUAAAUAAGAAGAGAAUGUAGCAUAUUCAAAGGUCAAGGCCAGAAAAAGAGAAGUCCAAUGGAUACCUGAGGGUUGAUUGCAAAGGGUCAGCUGACUGUGCUCUGAGUCUGGCAUGGUCAUGUCUGACUGGGAUGGGAAUACCAAAACAUCCCCUCUCUCUGCAAUUCAUCUCACUCUCACUUCCUUUUAACUGCCCCUAUAAGGGCAUUAGAGAGACUGUAGUUCCUAAAGUCUUCAGAGGGCCAUGGGAAGACCAGAAGUAACUCCUCUCACUCUGUAUAUUAGAUCAUAUUGUUUGUUUGACUGAGAAUUGUAUUACAUUACCAGCCCUGUUACGUACAUUAUUUCUUAAAUAGCAUGGAUCUUUUUAAAGAUAGUUUUGGUUAGUGUUCUCCUGCUAUUAUCACACAUGUAGAUCGAUACAGAGUUGCCACUGAUUGUGAGGACGGCCAUGAUACAGUGGGUGUUACUGAAGGAGACAUUUUUAGUUUGUUUAUUAAAGAACUACAAGACGUCUGCGAUAAAUAUGACGCAAUCACUGCGCGUCCUAACAGGCGUGUGACACCGUCGGUCAGGACCUCAGACAGCUGUCCAGCACAGGCCCUGAGCACACGUCCAGGGAUGCCAUCAGGACCAGCAGCCUUACGUGCAUUAGCCCUGCUCAGAGCAGCACACACGUCGGUGUGGGAGUUAAAUGACAAAUCCUGAUCAAAGCGGAGUCCUGUUGUAGCAGAAGAGGAAGCUGUGACCACACCCAGAAAAUCGCUCUGCAUUUCAUCUCGUGGAGUGUAGUGGAGUGCAGGCAGAGACACACACACACAGGCAGAGACCAGCAGUCACACUUCAAGAGAGCUUUGUUAACAGACAGUCAGAGCUCAUGAUGUCAAGGCUCUCACUCCUGUUCGCAUUCCUCUUGUACCCUGUAGGCUUUGGAGAACCUGUGCAUGUGAUUCUGGGAGACCCGGUGUCAUUCCCAGUAAUCGGGAACUGUCUGAAUGAGCCGGUAGACAGACUUUACCGGGUCACAGAGCACAGCAACCGGCCGGUGGCUGCUCGUGAGGACGGUGUCUGCAAACCGGCCGAGGACUACAAAGACAGGGUGGAUGUGAACUCCUGCUUCGCCUUCAGUCGCUCAGUUUACACAGAUACUGGACUUUAUGAGCUCACCUGCGGCAGCCGGGAUCAAAGAGUCCAGCUGAAUGUUGUUGUGGGCUCUGAAGCAUCUGCCACUGAGGGACAACCGGUCCAACUACCGUGCUACUUCAGUCCUGCAGGGGGACAUGUGGACUCUAUACGGUGGGAAAGAAACGGACACACUGUGCUGGAGCGCAAUCUGGCCACUGGAAAGACCAAAUACGGGACCGGGUUUGAGAGAAGAGUGUCUCUGCCGGCUGAUGGCCACAAACACGGAGACUGGUCUCUGAUGUGGGAUCAGGUCCGGCUGGAGGAUGGAGGGGAUUUCUUUUGCUCUGCGCACAGGGGGGACGUGAGAGAGGGAUGGGGAGACCCUGCUGCUGUGAGGAUGAAGGUCACCAAGAGAAACCCGGAUCAGACGACCCCUCACCCACCGCACACUUGCUCCACUGCAGAGAAACACUUGGGAACCGGGGCCAUUGUCGGUGUAACAGCAGCUGUGGGACUUUUUGUUGUUGACCCUGUUUUCUCUGCUGGUUCCUGAACUCUCACUUCUCAUCUGGUUCCAGUGGAAAAAGAUAUUCUGAUGCAAGUCUUCAGGAGUCUUUUAAGGAUUAAAUAGAAGUCCCUGCCGUUAUUAAGUUACCAUUGUUGCCCUUUUUAUAGAUCUCCUUGUUUGUUUUCUCAUCUCUUUUAAUUUAACCUUCUCUCGUUUUAUCUUCCCUAUGUUUGUGUGAUUGGGUAUGGUUAUACCUAUAUGUAUAUUUGUUGUUUGUAAAGCACUUUGGACACUGUGUCAAAAAGGUGCUAUAUAAUUAAAGCUUUACUUACUUACUUACUUACUUACUUACUUACUUACUUACUUACUUACUUACUUACUUACCAUAGCACAAAGCAACAAAAUCAGUAAUGCCUUAGUAGCCUAAUAUUGUCAUGAGUCAUUCCUGUUUACCUUGCAUCCUCCCCCACCCCUGGCAGCUAUGCUGCACAAUAACAACUUUAUCAGGAUUUACACCUGUUAUUAACAUGAAUGACAAUUCAACUUUUCUUAUAUUGUACCUUUUACACAAACAUGCAGCUCAAAGUGCAUCACAUAACAUAUUGAAAGCACACAUAAAACCAAUGAAAUGUAAAACAUGAAAAGUGAGUUCAACAGUUAAGGGGCAUAAAAACCAACCAACUUCUGCUUUUGUUGUUUUUCUAUAUUUCCUUAUGUUCUUUGUGAAAGCUUUUUUUAUUUUUGGUCACAAUCUCACCAGCCUGUUGUAUAAAUAAAACUUACACUGAG